AGGGGAUAGUUCAUCAUUGUAAGGUUGAGUCACUCAGUCACUGCUGUCAGUGAGGUGUGCAGAUUUAAUUUAUUGCAUGUAGAGCGGAAGCUGUGUUGCGAAACAUCAGGAGGAGUUAGAUCCAUUUGCAGAUUGAUUGAGAAUAGUCAGACGAUACGGAGUCAAAUACCGGCAAGACAGGACAAUGGAGACCAGGCCGAGACAGAAACAUGACCAGGCGAGAGAUCAGGGCAGGCAGCCGACAAAAAGAGUCCAGGGGAAGCAGUCCAAGUCGGGACAGGCAAAGAACAGUCAGAGAAUCGAGAAAGAGUUUAAGGAUCAUCCUAAAGGAAAGGGUCUGACGCCGUAUCAGGGGAAGAAAAGAUGUUUCGGAGAGUACGAGUGUCCCAAAUGCAAGAGGAAGUGGACGAGUGGAAACUCUUGGGCGGACAUGGGUCAGGAGUGCAUCAAGUGCCACAUCAACAUCUAUCCUUACAAACAGAGUCCUCUGGAGAAGCCCGACGGUCUGGACGUAUCUGACCCGAGGAAAGAACAUCCUCAGCAUCUGUGUGAGAAGUGUAUGGUGCUCGGAUACUACUGCCGUCGAGUUCAGUGACCUCUGACCUCCACAGACCUCCGCCCGUCACGCCCUCAUCACCUCGCUUCAGUUUAACACUAUUCACUGAUUCCUGAUUCAAAGCAGAGCUCCGGUAAAUCUGACUGAAGUGUUGAUUACCACAUAAAAUGAAUUUUUGAAUAAUUAAUUUGUGGUUGUUAAAUUAAACAGUGCACUGGAAUUAAAACUCAAAUGUGUACGUCAAACAUUUUUAUGAUAAAAACACUGAUCUGAUUCAUUUUGAAAAUAACAGCAACAUUUUGUCACAUUUAGCUACAAACGUUUAAAAAACUGGUAUGAAUUUUUCUAAUUUUUCAAAAAGACUCUUCAAAUAUAGUUUCUCCAAACGUGUUUAUUAUUUUAGGUAGUCAUUAUCACGGUUAUCCAUUUCCAAGAGUCAAUUUCCUCGGAUGCGAUGGUUUUUAUUCGCUACUUAUUUGACACGAUGCUAUAAACACCGUAGACAUAUUUGUCUAUGAUAAACACACACUGACCUCAUCGAGCUUUUAUUUUGGCACUUCCGGUUAUUGGCAUUUUGAAUUUGCAUAUUAGCUAAAUAUUUAGUUUCAGUCGCUCGUUCCUGUUCUUCAGAAGAUAUU